AUGUCUCAACAACAAUAUACAGAGGACUUUACACCACGGCCAAGCAACAACAGAACCAAUACUAAAGAAGUCGAUCAUCAAAGCACUACGGACGAUGAAGUCUCGAGCAGAUUUGAUGCCAUUGAUGCCAUUGAUGAUGAUGAUGGCCACUCCCAAACACAGCUCCAGGGCCCUGGUCCACUCAAGCUCCCAGGGUCGAGCAGACCCCUGACUACACCGAACGCGAAGAAGUCGGUCAAGAAGUAUAAUAAUGAUAAUAAUAAUAACAAUCAUCCUUUCUCCUGGUUCCGCAAGACCAUGCCUGACGCGAUCCGCGACAGGGGAAGCAUUCCGUCAAGCUCUCCCAAGUCGACACGGAGUCCUGGGCGGUUGUUGGAUACGUCGGUCUCGUCGACUUUCUCCUGCAAGAAUAACAAUGCAGUAUCGACUUCUCCGAUGAAGUUCACACGGCAUCAUUAUCGUCCUCUGAGUAGGCAUCACGGCAGACCGAAUCCUGUGGCUGCUACUCCAGAGGAGUCACCAAAGUCGCAAAGGAGGAGUGAGUCGCCUGGUUAUGUGACUGUAGACGACCUGAGCGAAUGGAGAGGUAAGAGACCUGACGCCCAUACGUCCGAAACACAUGCCUCUCCGGGGCAAUUGCAUGUCGCUAGAGAGGUAGACCACCGAGAUGACAGUGCAAGUCUAUCCGGGUCCAGCAAUACGAGCUCAGAUAGCUUUGAACGAGCUACACUUUGCUGGGAAGCAAGUGUUGGACCGAAGAGGUCUGACAGCUGCCCUGGUCAGUCUGUCGUAGACCAGAGACCCACAAAGUGA